CCACUUCCUGUUCUGCCAAGUCCACUUCCUGUUCCCCCAAACCACUUCCUGUUCCCCAAAACCACUUCCUGUUCUGCCAAACCUACUUCCUGUUCCUCCAAAACCACUUCCUGUUCCACCAAAACCACUUCCUGUUCUGGCAAACCCACUUCCUGUUCCUCCCAAACCACUUCCUGUUCCUCCCAAACCACUUCCUGUUCCUCCCAAACCACUUCCUGUUCCUUCAAAACCACUUCCUGUUCCCCCAAAACCACUUCCUGUUCUGCCAAAACCGAUUCCUGUUCCCCCAAAACCACUUCCUGUUCUGCCAAAACCGAUUCCUGUUCCCCCAAAACCACUUCCUUUUCCCCAAACCCACUUCCUGUUCCUCUAA